AUGAGUACAUACUACUACUACUACUACUACUACUACUACUACUACUACUACUACCAUGUACACGAACUCAAUGGAAUGUACACAUCUUCACAUGCCACUGCCAGCUUUCCGCUCUUCUUUCUGACAGACGCAGGCACCACAAAACACAUCACCUCCUUCAUGAACGAUGUCCCAUUGCUCAUUGGCACCACAUUGACCUCGGACAGUCCUGGACAAUGCCCAGCAAGUCAGAACUUUCAACCCUUGGUCGGAGGCUGA